AUGUUUGUGUUUCAUGUUUUCUUGGUACUUUUCUUGAUUGUAUCAUUAAUACUUCUCGUUCGAUUAUUUCUUCAUCGAACUGCUUUAAUCUUUGUUCUGAGGAAGUGGGGCGAAUGGAUUGAUGAUCGGAUUCAUGUACAUCAGCACUUGAAGGUCCCUGAAUUCAACGAAAACUGUCAGCAAAAUCAGUUCUACCAAAAAGUUUCAGUUUAUGUAAAUUCAUUGGCUUCUGUUGAAGAUUCCGAUUUCACCAAUCUAUUCUCCGGCAAGAAAUCGAAUGACAUCGUUUUGUGCCUCGAUGAUGAUCAAACAAUCACUGAUACUUUUCUCGGAGCACGAGUUUCAUGGAUGAACAAAAUCGGAAGAAAUCAUCGGAGUUUUGUAUUGAAGAUAAAGAAAAAGGAUAAGAGGAGAAUCCUAAAACCUUAUCUUCAACAUAUACAUACAGUUUCUGAUGAUAUUGUUCAAAGAAGGAAGGAUUUGAAGCUACACAUAAAUACUGAUUGUAAUUGGAGAUCUCUUCCAUUUGAACAUCCUGCAAAUCUUGACUCAAUUGCUCUCGAUCCAGAUUUGAAAAACAAGGUGAAAUCCGAUCUUGAAACAUUCAUGAAAUCCAAGCAGUAUUAUCAAAAGCUCGGCCGCGCGUGGAAGCGGAGCUACCUUCUUUACGGUCCGUCUGGCACCGGAAAAUCCAGUUUCGUUGCAGCAAUGGCGAAUUUCCUUUCUUACGAUGUUUACAACGUUAAUUUAUCACAAGUUUCAGAUGAUUCCCAUCUUAACAUGCUUCUGCUGCAAACGACAUCAAAGUCGUUGAUAGUUGUUGAAGAUUUGGAUCGGUAUGUUGCUGAGAAAUCAACGGCUGUCACUUCAUCUGGGCUGAUGAAUUUUAUGGAUGGACUUCUGGGUUCAAGCUUUUGUGAUGGGAGAAUUAUGGUUUUUACUAUGAACAAUAAAGAAGGAAUUGAUUCAGCACUUUUGAGGCCUGGAAGAAUUGAUUUUCAUAUUUAUUUUCCUAUGUGUGAUUUCAAUUCAUUCAAGAGUUUAGCCGGAAGUUAUUUAGGGGUUAAGGAGCAUAAACUGUUUCCACAAGUAGAAGAAAUAUUUCAGAGCGGCGCCACCAUGAGCCCGGCAGAGAUUGGGGAACUGAUGCUAGUGAACCGGAGUUCGCCGAGCCGUGCAUUGAAAUCAGUGAUCACGGCUUUGCAUUCAAACAGAAGAAGCAGCGUCGGCAGUGCUGGUGGUGGAGGAAAGUGUGGACAUAAGUUGAGCGAGAGCGCGGCGUCAUCACCGGUCCAGUCCUCAACCGUUGAGGAUGCUGGUGGCCUGGCCUGGAAGGACACGGUCGUGCCUAAGGAGUUUCGGAAAUUGUACGGACUGCUAAGAUUAAAGAGUUGCAAGAAACCUGAAUCGCUAGACCAUGAUCACGAGAUGAUCGAACGAUGA